AUGUUAACUAGUAAAGUGUGUGGAGAGUUUGAUACUUUUUGGAGGUUUUUUCCCGAUGAAUUAAAAACUUCUGGAGAAUAUGAUUUUAAAGUUGGAUCGAUCAAUAAUUACUGCCCUAAUAGAAAAUGUGAAAGUGAUAUCGAUAAGAUUAAUGCUGGAUGUUUAUGGUUAUUUAAACAAUUUUAUGGAAGUUCAUAUAAUUUUUCGAGUAAUGCAAAUGGAAAUAUGAAUAUUGUUACAUACAUUAUGACAUUGAUAAGUUAUAAGUUAAAUCAAAAAUCACAAGACGGAAUCACCACAUUUAACGAUUUUUAUAGUAAGCAUAUACAAAAUGCCGAGGAGUAUAAAAAGGAUAUAGAUGGUGUUGAUGAUUAUAGUAGUUAUAUGGAUCUUAUAAAUCAAAAAAAUGAAUUGAUGGACAUUGAUAUUAGUGUUAUGUCUAAAUUUUAUGAUUUAUUUAAAAACUUAUGCAAUAUGUAUAUCAAUAUUGGUAAAAAAAACAAGGGCGGCAUAUAUUUAGAAUAUGCUAAAAAUUUUGCUAAUGAAUACAAAAAACUUUUUAAUGAUGAUGAUAAUAAUGAAGGGAGCUCAUAUAAUAAAAUAUUGUCUGCGUUAUCAAGUGAUUAUUAUAAUUUUGAAAAAAACAAAGUUGAUGGUAAAUCAAUAGAAUUUCCUUCACUACCAACAAAAAAAACAGUUGAAAAUGUUGACAUACCAAAUUCUGAAGAAGAAAAAGCUGUCUCCUUGAGUGUAACGCCAGAAUCAAGUUCUAAAGCUAAAAUAUCAGAUUCUGAUUCAACAUUACCAAGUCCAUCACAAGUAAAUAAAUUAAUUUUAAUUCCAAUUAUAUUUGUUGCAACAUUAAUUUUAUUAGGAAUUGGAUAUAAGUAUUCAUUAUUUGGAUUUCGGAAACGAUCUCAAAAACAAUAUUUAAGAGAGAAGCUAAAAAAAUAA